GUGUCCUCUUCUCCUGCCUCGCUCUGCUCGUGGCUGCUGCUCCCGGAGCAUCGAGACCGACUCGCUGUGACAGCACCUACGGAGCGGGUUUCCUCCUGGGCAGGGAUAUAAAGAAGCUCGUGGACGGUCUGCGGGGAUGCCGGUGAAGCGAGCGGGCUGCCUCCCCCUCUCUGCCCAGCGCAGGACCAGAGGCUGACUGGAAGCUGGCAUGUUGUCCCCUCCAGCCCCUGCUUGGCCACGCGAUGCCCAGCCCUGCCUGCCCUGCCUGCCCUGCCUGUCCUGUCCCUAGCCUUGCUUCCCACCCGUGACACCCCCUGCCCUUCCCCGGGUGUUUCAGAGCGUGGUGACACCGAGCAUGCCGCAGAAAGCCCCGCAGCCGAAGCCCUGAGAAGUUUCCCAGUUAAGAGCAGUUCCCAAAGAGCCAGAGUUGCCCCUUCCCCGCCCCGGCGAGGACGAGCAUCUCCGACGGCGGAUCUCUCUGCGCUCAGCGGGUGUCGAGGUCCUGGUCUGCAGGCUCGAGGAGGGGCUGCCAUGGAAGAGAAUGUGUUCAGCGUGCAGCAGAUACAGCCCAACGUCAUCUCGGUGAGGCUCUUCAAGCGCAAGGUGGGCGGCCUCGGCUUCCUGGUGAAGGAGCGCGUCAGCAAACCGCCCGUCAUCAUCUCCGACCUGAUCCGGGGAGGGGCUGCGGAGCAGAGCGGCCUCAUCCAGGCUGGGGACAUCAUCUUGGCCGUCAAUGGCAGGCCCCUGGUGGACAUGAGCUAUGAGACGGCGCUGGAGAUCCUGAGAAGCAUCGCCUCCGAGACCUACGUGGUCCUCAUCCUGCGGGGCCCCGAGGGCUUCACCACUCACCUGGAGACCACCUUCGCGGGCGACGGGACACCCAAAACCGUCCGCGUCACCAGACCCCUCUGCCCGGCUCCGAGGGCUGUUGACUUGUCCAACCCAAGCCCGCACGGCAAAGAGCAGCCGCAGCCCGAGCGCGCCAUGGGCUCCCUGUGGACCAGAGAGAUCGGGAGGGAGGGGGAGCCGAUGGUCCACGUUAACGGCGUCGUUACCGGCGGCAAAGGGCAGGACGCCGGGAAGGGCAAGGAGGGGGCUUGUGGCCACCCGUGCCUCAACGGCGGCGUGGAGGACAACGAGCUGCUCAAAGAGAUCGAGCCCGUCCUGGAUCUCCUGAAGAGCAGCAGUAAGGGCAGCGAUGGAGAUGCGCCCUCCAAGGUAGAGACAAGGGAUAUAGAAGUCCAGGUGGACUGUUUCAGGGAAGGGGAAAACAAUCCUCAGAAAGCUUUCCCGGCUCGGAUGGAGAACGACCGUGUCCUGGGCGACCUGUGGGGGAAGAGCAACGUGCCCGUGGUCCUGAACAACCCCUACUCCGAAGCAGAGCAGCCACCUCCAUCCGGGCGUCAGUCCCCAACCAAGAACACGGCCAACGGGAGCCCUUCCAAAUGCCCGCGGUUCGUGAAGAUCAAGAACUGGGAGACGGGCUCUGUGCUCCACGACACCCUGCACCUCAAGACUGCCAUGGCCACCGCCUGCACCGAGCAGAUCUGCAUGGGCUCAGUGAUGACCCCCAGCCCUCACAUCCGCAAGUCAGAGGACACCAGGACAAAGGAGGAGGUGCUCCUGUUGGCCAAGGACUUCAUUGACCAGUACUACUCCUCCAUAAAGAGAUCUGGCUCCAAGGCCCACAUGGAAAGGCUGGAGGAGGUGACCAAGGAGAUUGAAGCCACUGACACCUACCAGCUGCGGGACACCGAGCUCAUCUACGGAGCCAAGCACGCCUGGAGGAACGCAGCCCGCUGCGUGGGCAGGAUCCAGUGGUCCAAGCUGCAGGUGUUUGAUGCCCGGGACUGCACCACAGCCCACGGGAUGUUCAACUACAUCUGCAACCACAUCAAAUAUGCCACCAACAAAGGGAACCUCAGGUCUGCCAUCACCAUCUUCCCGCAGCGGACGGACAGCAAGCACGACUUCCGCAUCUGGAAUGCCCAGCUCAUCCGCUACGCCGGCUACAAGCAGCCCGACGGCACCAUCCUGGGAGACCCUGCCAACGUGGAGCUCACAGAGAUCUGCAUCCAGCAAGGCUGGAAGGCGCCGUACGGACGCUUUGAUAUCCUGCCUCUGCUCCUCCAAGCCAACGGCAACGAUCCAGAGCUCUUCGAAAUCCCCCCGGAGCUCGUGCUGGAAGUGCCCAUCCGGCACCCCAAGUUUGAGUGGUUCAAGGACCUGGGGCUGAAGUGGUAUGGUCUGCCAGCAGUUUCCAACAUGCUCCUGGAGAUCGGUGGCCUGGAGUUCUCCGCCUGCCCCUUCAGCGGUUGGUACAUGGGCACCGAGAUCGGGGUCCGGGACUACUGCGACAACUCCCGCUACAACAUCCUGGAGCAAGUGGCCAAGAAAAUGAAUCUGGACAUGAGGAAAACCUCCUCGCUGUGGAAGGACCAGGCCCUGGUGGAGAUCAACAUUGCUGUGCUGUACAGCUUCCAGAGUGACAAGGUGACCAUCGUGGAUCACCACUCGGCCACGGAGUCCUUCAUCAAGCACAUGGAGAACGAGUACCGGUGCCGUGGGGGUUGUCCUGCCGACUGGGUGUGGAUUGUCCCGCCCAUGUCUGGCAGCAUCACCCCCGUUUUCCACCAGGAAAUGCUCAACUACCGCCUCACACCCUCCUUUGAGUACCAGCCGGACCCCUGGAACACCCACGUCUGGAAAGGGGUCAAUGGGACGCCCACCAAGAAGAGGGCCAUUGGAUUUAAGAAGUUAGCAAAGGCUGUGAAGUUCUCGGCCAAGCUGAUGGGACAGGCCAUGGCCAAGAGGGUCAAGGCCACCAUCCUGUACGCCACGGAGACGGGGAAGUCCCAGGUCUAUGCAAAAACUCUGUGUGAAAUCUUCAAACACGCUUUCGAUGCCAAGGUGAUGUCCAUGGACGAGUACGACGUCGUGCACCUGGAGCACGAAACCAUGGUCCUGGUGGUCACCAGCACCUUCGGCAACGGGGACCCCCCUGAGAAUGGAGAGAAAUUUGGCUGCGCGUUGAUGGAGAUGAAGAAUCCCAACUCCCACCUGGAGGAGAGGAAGAGCUACAAGGUCCGUUUCAACAGCGUCUCCUCUUACUCGGACGCUCGGAAAUCCUCCAGUGAUGGCCCUGAUUCCAGGGACAACUUUGAGAGCACGGGGCCUCUGGCUAACGUCAGGUUCUCCGUGUUUGGGCUGGGCUCACGUGCCUACCCCCACUUCUGCGCCUUCGCCCGGGCCGUGGACACGCUCCUGGAGGAGCUGGGUGGGGAGAGGAUCCUCCGCAUGGGAGAGGGGGACGAGCUCUGCGGCCAGGAGGAGUCCUUCAGGACCUGGGCCAAGAAGGUCUUCAAGGCAGCGUGUGACGUGUUCUGCGUGGGGGACGACGUCAACAUCGAGAAAGCAAACAACUCCCUCAUCAGCAACGACCGCAGCUGGAAGAGGAGCAAGUUUCGGCUGACCUACGUGGCCGAGGCCCCAGAGCUCACACAAGGACUGUACAGCAUCCACAAAAAACGCGUCUAUGCAGCCCGGCUGAUCACGCGCCAGAACCUGCAGAGCCCCAAGUCCAGCCGCCUGACGAUCUUCCUGCGCCUGCACACCGAGGGGCACCAGGGGCUGCAGUACCUGCCCGGGGACCACCUGGGGGUGUUUCCAGGGAACCACGAGGACUUGGUCAACGCCCUGAUCGACAGGCUUGAAGAUGCCCCUCCGGCCAACCAGCUGGUGAAGGUGGAGCUGCUGGAGGAGAGGAGCACGGCUCUAGGUGUCAUCAGCAACUGGACAGACGAGAACCGUGUCCCACCGUGCACCAUCUUCCAGGCUUUUAAGUACUAUUUGGACAUCACCACCCCUCCCACGCCCCUGCUGCUGCAGCAGUUUGCUUUGUUGGCCACCAGUGAGACGGAGAAGAAACGUCUGCAGGUCCUCAGCAAGGGCCUGCAGGAAUACGAGGAGUGGAAGUGGUCCAAGAACCCCACCAUCGUGGAGGUGCUGGAGGAGUUCCCCUCGGUGCAGAUGCCCUCCACGCUGCUGCUCACACAGCUCCCCCUCCUCCAGCCACGCUACUACUCCAUCAGCUCCUCCCCAGAGCUGUACCCGGGCGAGGUCCAUCUCACCGUGGCCGUGGUCUCCUACCGCACCAGAGAUGGAGAAGGGCCAAUCCACCACGGAGUCUGCUCCUCUUGGCUCAAUCGGAUACAGCCCGAUGAAGUGGUGCCCUGCUUUGUAAGGGGUGCCCCGGGGUUCCACCUGCCCCAGGACCCCCAGGUGCCCUGCAUCCUCAUCGGCCCCGGCACCGGCAUCGCCCCUUUCCGCAGCUUCUGGCAGCAGCGGCUUUUUGAGAUCCAGCACAAAGGGCUGAAGCCUUGUCCCAUGGUCCUGGUGUUUGGCUGCCGGCAGUCCAGGAUCGACCACAUCUACAAGGAGGAGACGCUCUUUGCCAAAGCCCAAGGUGUCUUCAGAGAGCUGUACACAGCCUACUCCCGGGAGCCAGACAAACCAAAGAAAUACGUGCAGGACGUGUUGCAGGAGCAGCUGGCCCAGACGGUGUUCAAAGCGCUGAAGGAGCAGGGAGGCCACAUCUACGUCUGCGGGGAUGUCACCAUGGCCGGGGACGUCCUCAAGACCGUCCAGCGCAUCGUGAGGCAGCAGGGCCAGCUGUCGGUGGAGGAGGCGGGCGCCUUCAUCAGCAAGCUGAGGGAUGACAGCCGGUACCACGAGGAUAUUUUUGGAGUCACCCUGCGUACGUACGAAGUGACGAACCGCCUUAGAUCCGAGUCCAUCGCGUUCAUCGAGGAGAGCAAAAAAGACACGGAUGAGGUUUUCUGCUCCUAACCGGACCCUUCACCCCAAGGGGAUGCCAAACCAGUCCCAGCACCUGCUGCCCCCUCCAGCUGGAGGGCACUGGGUUUUGUAUUUCACGGACACGGUGGCUCCUUUUCCACGGGGAACCGCCCAUGGAAAGCGCUCUGUCUCUCGUCCUGUUGUUGUGUCCUGAUGAUGAUGAUUUUUAUUUCCUUUUCUUCCUCUUUCUCUUGCUCUUGUCCUGUGGCCAUUUCUCCCCCCCUCAUCCCCCUUUCCCUUCCCCGGAUUUCCCCACUGAAGUACGAUGGCUUUAUAACCCGCAGUGGCUCUUUACAGAUCUCCACAUUUCCCCUCCUCCUCAUGAGGGCAUUUUGCAGCUGCAUGAAAUCACCACCUUCGUGAUCACCCGCGUUUUUGGUGUUUUGGGGGAGAGCAGAGGUGGCAGGGGGUGGGCAAUGGCUCGGUCCUGUUGCUUGACUAGAGCAGGGGGUCAUUCCCCCCAGGAUCCCCCUUUCCCCAGCUCGGGGCUUGGCUGAAUCCUCGUGUUUUCAUGGCUUUCCUUUGGACUUGUACAUAUGCCCGAGGCUGGGGGCAGAUGAUGUGCAGUGCCCUCGUGCCUGUGAAUGUUGUUCCCCCCCAAGCAGCCUGGGUACAGAUGUGUCUGUUUGUGUCAGGAUUUAUGUGUCAUGAUUUCUCCUAAAUGGGCUCUGUGCUGUGUUUGCCCCUUUCUCUGCUCCCUGUUCCCUGUGAGCCUCUCCCUCUGCUCAGUCCCCACUUUUGCUGGCAUGAAAGUCCUCCCCCAGAGGAGCAAGCACAGAACACACAGGCUGAUGUGCAUGCUGAGGAAAAGCUCGUGGCAGUGACUGCUGCUGGGCCAGGCUGUUCUCCAGAGGGUUUCACAGGAUAUCUCCUGUGGCAUCUGCAGCCACGAUGCUGGUGGGAGAGAUUGAGACUGGGCUGCAUUCCAGAACUUUGCAUGCUGUGAACCCUCUCCCAGGUGAGCUUGGAAAGCCAUGAGGAUGGGAGAGAAGCGUCUCCAACUCCAGCUGCAAGAGGCACCUCUUGUUACAAAGCUUAUUGGGAAGGCAGCACGUGGAGGGUUGUGGAGGCUCCAGGUCCUUGGUGAGGAUGUGCCAGCGGAGGAGUCUUGAAACCCCGGAGAGCAUCAGCUCCACCUUAGCACAGUGCCAUGGGCAGUUCUGGCACAGCAGACCCCAGCCACUUCCACAGCUUUGGGAGCAGAAAACGCCAGCGUGGAGCAACCUCCUGCCAAGAGAAAUCCGUGUGGCAUCCCUGUGGUGAACCAGUCCCCUCGGCGGGAGCACGAGCUGUCUCUGCCAGGACGUCUCCUGUGAGGAGGGAGGUGAGGUCAGCUGCAAAGGUGCUGCGUGAUUCUGGGCUCUGACACCCUCACACCUCAGCCCUGCUGCAAAAACCUGGCCCCAAAAGCAAGCUGUUAACACGGAGAGGUAUCAGUCCCUUUAACAGGGGAGAGCUGCCUGCGAGGUAAAGCACGUGCGACCUUGUGUGUCCUUCCUCCUCCUCUCUUCCGCACCCCGAAGAAGGUUUGUCCUCCCUCAUUGCCAGGACAAGGACAGCAGGACGUGGCUGCAGCUCUGGCUGGAGGCAGGGAGAGGAGGUUGGCAUUUGGAGGUGGCAGGUGCUGGUCCUUUCCUCCUGCCCCUGCUCUGCUGAGGCUUGCACGGAGCGAAGCAUCAAAACCGGCCACGGCAGAGGCUUUGUCCGGGAGCUGCACUGGUGAGCUCGCUUUCAGGGGGCUGAGAUUGUCUGCCCCAAGCCAAAGUCAGAACAAAAAACAGCUGCAGGAGGUUUGCUGCUCUCCCAGCCCACGGAACAAGCCGUGCUGGCUCCCCAGCCCCGGGCUGUGUGGUUAUUCCCACCCUCAUCCUGCCCUCUCCUUCCUCUUGCCUGGCCGCAUCUCCACGUGCCGUGACCGUCUUCUGCAACUUCGACUCCCUGAAUGCUUGAAGGAACUCCAGCCCAAAAUCCGGGAGCGAAAAGCCUCCAGGCACCGGGAGGAUUUGAGAUCCAGGCCUCGUUUUUGCUGGUCCCAGUACGAAACACGAAGGAAUGCUGCCACAGUGUGGCCAGAGCCGAGCUCGCCGGGCUGGCAGGGCUGGCAGCAGGGCAGGGAGCCAGGGGCACAGCCAGCUUUGUGUCAGCCCCCCCGGGCACUUGGUGACCUGGGGGUGAAGGCAGGGCAGGGCAGGGAAAAGGGCAGCCCACGGUGCACUCCUGUGGGUUGUGCCCUAAAGCCAGGGCGGGCAGUGGGAUGGGGGUCCCUUUGCUGGGUCCCUCUGCUGCUGGGACGGGGGAGUUUGGGCAGAGGAACUGUUUGUGGGGACAGCUCCCAGGCCCCAGAGCCUGGUCCUGCCCCCCGACCCUAUGGCUGCAGAAACACAGCUAAAGGAAUAAAAUCAAACUCAUCCUCUUCUUUGGGGAAAUUUGAUUCUGGCUCUGGGCUCUGUGCUCUGGGCCUCCUUGGGUAGAAGGAGCAGUACAGCCUGAGGAGGAGGGAGUGCCCAAAGGAAUUCCCUUGUCUUCAUCCUCUUUCCAGCUCUCCCUGUGUUGCUGGCAAGUAGUUUCCUCCUGUCCUGCCUUCUGCCUGCAUGGCUGUAACAUCUCCCACCUGGAAAUCGUAUCGCUGCUGGAUGCUGUGUCUGAGCUGAACGGGCUUGCUUUUCCUGCACCCCAAAACUUGCCACCUCCAUCUCCCCCUUCCACCUGAGCUGCCGGUGCAAACAGCAGGGAACUGUGUGCCUUGCCUUGCCUUCUGGGGGGUCUCCAAAGGGGUCUGUGCCAGGCAGAUGGCAAAACCCUCCCACGUCCAACAGGCGUUGGAUCUGUGAGUCCUUCAGAGCCCUUUGGAAGGGAAUUAAUAAACAUGUUUUAAGGCCGUGCUCCCUGCCUGGCCCUGGAGGAGAAACACCAUCCCUGCCAUGAAGGCCCAUGGAGUUUAUGUCCCCCAGGGCUCCUCUCUGCUCCCACUGAAUAGGACCAUUCAGUCCUCGCAAGCCACACUGGGAAUUUUGAUUCCCUGUUUUCUGUCGAGUCAGUCUCAGACGUCUGAAUUUCUCUCCUCCAUCCCCUUUGCCUGCGGGGGCUUCGCACUCCCCUCGAGCUUCAUUUUCUCCCGCAGCACAGGGGGAAAGAAACUUGUGGCUCUGCUUUAUUAUUCCAUAAAUGUGGCUCUUCCACCAGUUGUCUAGACUCUGCUCAUCUCCAUGUGGCAUUUCUGGCGUGUGGGUGUAGCCACGAUGUCUCUGGCAUGAAUAAAUGCAGAGGGUGAGGUGGGGUCUGCCACAGAUGAGCUGCUCAGGGGUGUCACACAUGGAGGGCCUGUGCCCCUUGGGCGCUCAGCUCACAAAUCUGUCACCUCCAGGUGCCUGCUGCCCAUCCAAGCUCCUGCACAGCCCCCCAGGGCUCCAGUGGCAAGGGCACCUGAUGGACACCCAGCCUGACCCAGUGUCCCAGUCCCUUUCCUGGUGGAUAUCCACCACCACCACUCCCCUUUUGGAGCAGCUCUGCUCCUUUUCACUCCCCAGGUACUGAAGAGACUCUUCUCUAAACAGGAGAUUUGAUUUGCAAGACACUAUGAAGUGGGUUUUUUCUGCAAAGAUUUUAAUUCAUGGGUCUUUCAAUCAUCCACAGAAAGGUGUUAUAUGGACUUGAAAACUCCUGGGAAAAGGGUUCUGUGUUUUCCCAGCCUGCUGUGUCCACUAGCAGGCAAAAAUCAGCUGCUCCUUCAGUGCAAGGGUAUCUGGUGCCUGUGCUGUUGAUGAAAUUCAAAUGUUUCAUCUGCCCAGAAGGACGGCCUGGGAGUUUGUUGUUCUUCUGUUUAUGAGAGACAGCAGGAAAAUAAUGAGAUGUCUGCCAUCAGGAGUGGCCUCACAGAGAUGUCACCUCCACAGCUGUGGCUGGGAAGGCCUGAGCUCGUCACACGUGAGGAACUGAGCCCGUCACACUGGCCAGAGAAGUGGCUCUGACUUUGGGCUGUCCUCGCUCCCUGUCCCCUCCUGCGCCUCUGUGUCCCCAGCGGUGAGCAGGGCACUGUUCACACCCCGAGUCACCGUGUCUGUACACGACCAGCGACCCUGCAGUUGUGUCCUGAGUGAGGAGGAGCACAGCUACUGCAGGAGAGGAGAUGGGAAGAGCCAGGGGCUGCACGAGCCCGUGUCCAGCCUGUGGUUGCUCCCGCGGUCCCUUUGCUGUCAGCGUGCGACGCCUCCCACCCCAUCCCGGCUGCAACCAGGCUCCCUGUGCCACUUCCCUCCGGAGAUACCUCCCUUCUCCUCCUCAGCCCUGCCUGCCCAGCCAAAAGGUGCAGCCAGCUGCUGGGCAAGGGCAGCUCCUGGGAACGGACACGGACUUACAGUGCCUUGUGCUGGGAAGAGACCGUCGCUGCGGGGCCGCCCUCCUGCUCCCGCCCUCCUCGCUUGACAAGGGAAAUUCCCGGCGGGCAAAUUCCCCCUGGGAUCACAGGGAGCAAACCUGCAGCCCUGCUCAGCUGCUCUCUGCAGCUCCUCUGCCAGGGCUGGGGAGGUGUGGGUGCAGGCUGAGCACCACCUGUGAGCACCACGGGUCUGUGAACACCUUCCACGUCCCGGGGACCCCGUUUUGGUCAAGCUGGUGGGGGGGGAGAGGGUGUGUCUGUGUUUGAAGCUUCGUGGACUUGCACCAAGCCCAAGCCAAAGCUGCUGCUGCCUGACAUACGACCACUGAAGCCACUACAUCGCCCUCCGGGGGCACCCACCGUUUUUUGGAAGGAUAAUUUUAUGCUCAAAAUUAAAUUUUGUUCCUUCUUUCACCGGGGACCAGUUCCCAGCUUCAGAAUUGCUUCAGAUAACUUUGCAAUUGCGUUGAUAGUUCCAGAGGGGAGCACAGUCCCUUUACAGAACAGAUGGAGGCACAUUUUCAGGACCAUUCAACUUUACUGUAACUCUCUUUGUUAUAACAAUUUCUUCUGCUGUAACAGGAAGAGCAAAAUUCGGCCAGUGCUCUUAAAAAAGAGCAAGUUUUCCUGAAACUUGGACAAAAUCAGUGUAGGAUCCACGUCCUCCCAGGUCCAAAAUGCCUUCCACACCCACUGGCUUCAGUGGCCCUGGGGAUUUGGGCAGCUUGCAGGGUCAGGCUUGCACAGCAGCAGCAGCAGCAGUUUCAUGAUGGCAAUAUUUUUGCACGUGCCUGCAAUGCAUGGCUCUGGCAAUCCAUCUGAAAUCUACCCUCCGAGGGAGAUCUGAGCUCCAGCUUCUUCCAUAUGGCCCUGCCUGUCUUACAGGGAAUCAGGGGAGUGGGGGAAAGCUGAAGAGGGGGCUGCUUUAAAGCACUCGGUUCCAGAAGUAAAACAGAGCUUAGGAGGGGUCAAAACCGGCUUGAUUUUAGCACAGGUAACUCCUGAAAUAUUCAAGCAUUGUGAUGCAGAUCCACCUUUUCCCUGCUGUGCCCGGAAUGAAGUAGACUGGAAACUCUUGGCCUCCACCCCUACAGAUGUUUGGCUGUGAUGGAAUUUUGAGCCACUGAAUCACAGGGAAAACAAAAAAAAAACCAAACCCAAACAGAUUGUGAGUUCAUAGCUGAGCAGUGGCAGCUUGUUUAGCAGUGAGAGUCUCACUGCUGCUCUCCUGCCUUAUUCACGUCCUACCUGGCCAGAUUUUGGGGAGGGAGCAGGGAGGAAGCACCUCGAAGUGAGAAAGUCAGACCUGUGAGCCUUGCCCUGAGAAUCCCUGGUUUAGCAGGGCUGUGGAAAAGCAGGAACACGCUGCUGGGCUGUGGCUCAGCUCCUGUGCACAGGUCUCUGCAGGGCUGGUGCAGAAACCCGUGAGGGAAAAACAUUGGGCAAAAUAUUUUUCUUCCAGGGGCAUCCCUAAUACUUCGAAAACCGAAAGACUGAACACCGAAACAGUUGAUCUGAAAGAGCUUGUUGCUUUGUUUUCACGUGUUGGUUCUGGGUGGGGGAAGCAAGCAGAAAGCAAGCAGAAAGCAAGCAGACAGUAUAUCAGCUUGUUUCGGAUUAAAUCAAAUGUUUUGCUCCUACAGUAAUUGCUAAGGGAGAUUUCAAAAUUUUCCAAGGGCAACAAAACGGCCUUAAUCUUCUGAGACAUUAAUGCUACUUGCUUCUGAGCCUGCUUUUUUAUUUUCCUCUCUGUGUGAUCGUGGCAUGGAAUCAUGUCUGAACAAAAUACACUUUACAGCAGCCGAGAAACAGAAAUAGAAGACGGUGUUUCAGAACCUCCAGCGUUGAAACGAUGGCUUUGAAGCCAGUGAGAUUCGAUGCAAAAUCCCUGCUUUGCUAGAGUUCUGCAAAAUAGGCAAAUCCCCACAAUUCCCAAGGUUGGAUCCCCGUGCUCUGCUGCCUUGAGAUGCCUUUAAAAACCCUGGGCUCUGUGUGCUGUAAAGAGCUUGUGAGUGGUCUGCAGCUUUUCCAGAGUGCACACAAUUCCCCAGGCAGUGAGGGUGAGCAGCGAGAUGACUUUCAGCCAGGACUCAUUGCUUUUUAGAUUGCAUGUAGUUAGAAACAUGAGUUCUGCCAGCUGCCCAGGGAAUUCGAUAUUUAGUGCCAAUUAAUUUCUGUAAUAGGAGCAGGGGGUUUAUUCCCUCGGCUCCCUUAGGCACCUUUGAAAGGCCUAAGACUCAAAGGUUGGUUUGGAUUCUUUGAUCUCCUGGUGGCCUUCUCCCGAAGAGCGGCGGUGCCACGACGAGGACGGGGACUGCUCUGGGAAGGGUGGCGGCUUCGGGGCAGGCAACUCCCAAACUUUCUGUCGCAGAGGUUUUCUAAACUCCUCAGAUAUGGGUAAAUUCUGCUGGGCUGGAUGAGACUCCAAGCCCUGGCUGCUCUCUGGUCCUCCCGCUCCCUCCUCCCUCCCCUCAGCACCUCCUCAUGUCACUGUGCCUUCGUUCGGUUUAUGAAAUGAUGCCAUGAUUUAAGACUGGCACGUCGUCUUUCCUCUCACUUUGCAUCCCAUACGACAGGUUAGGUGUGGAGGGGAGGGGGCAGCUUGUUCUGUAGCUUUUUGUGUGGUGCCAAGGUGGGUUUCCCCUGAGGAGCGAGGGGGUGGGGGCGGUGGGAGCGGGCUGAGCUGCCUUGUGUUUGGUCAUAGCAGUGCUUUAAGCGUGGUCAGAAACGUGGUCUUCCCCUACCUCUGAGCUCUCAAUGCUGCUAAAAUCUCUGCCAUUCGUCCAAUGUACUCCAGCCCCUCUCUCGGACUGACUCUGCCUCUGUUUGCAAGGUAUCCACAUUGUUCUGAAGCAUGCACCUCUUUCUGUAUAGUUCCAAUCUUCUGAUUUUAUGGAAUACUUAUGCCUGUUUGCAUUACAGUCCAAAUAAAAAAGUGAACUAAAA